GUAUCGUUCGUCUGCUUAGUCUCGAACCGAUCUCUUCCUCUUUACCGCAGUGACUAAGAUGGCGGACAACGUCGUUUGGCAAAAGUAUUAAGUCGGCUGCCAUCACGGAUUCUUUAUUAUGCAUCACGUUUAACGAAAAUAUAACGGAGCAAGAUGUCAUCUGACAGGGUGGAAUGGGUGGAGAUUAUUGAACCAAGGACCAAUGAACAUAUAUAUGCAAAUUUGACAACAGGAGAAUGUGUCUGGGAUGUACCACCUGGUGUAAAAGUAAAGAAAACAGAUGACAACCAAUGGUGGGAACUAUUUGACCAAAACACUUCUAGAUUUUACUAUUACAAUGCCACUAGUCAAAAGACAGUAUGGCAUAGGCCUCAGAACUGUGAUAUAAUUCCACUGGCUAAACUUCAGACUCUUAAACAAAACACAGAAGUACAAGAUGAUGAUGGUUGUAAAUCUGUUGUAAAGAAAGAAUCUGUUGCAACUCAGACUUCAUCUAAAGGACUGGAUGGUCAUGUCAUAAUUGGUAGAGUUAAUAAUACAAGCUGUGCCUCAACACAGACCAGUCCUGUUUCUUCUCCCCAUCAGCAUUGUAAGCGUCAUCACCAUCAUCAAAAACAACAGUCCUCAAGUCCUCCAUCACCUCCAAAUGUUUUAUCUCCAAAACAUUUUAUGGAAGAAAAUAUUAACAAUGAACCACAAGCAAAACGAGAUAAUCAGUUUUCUCGUGAAUCCCGAAAUGCUCCCGUUUCUCGUUCUCAAGAUUCUGGGCGUUCUAGUGAUUCUAGUUGUUUGUCACAAGGUCCAAGUUUUGAAAGUCAAAAUCAUCCAGGACAUAGAAAACAUGAUUCUUGUUGUUCUUCAGAAAGUACGGGUUCUGGUAAUCAUCAAAGUCUUUUGCCAGAAAAUCUGGACUUCAGCCCUGUUCAGAAUGGGCUUACAUUUGACAUUCGGUCUUCCUCUAAGCAGACAAUAUCUAAUGAUUUAAAUAGGCAUCAUCCUGAAUAUGAUCAUCAUCCUGAUUUUGGUUCAAGAAGACAAUACAGUGUUGAUUCUGCAACCCGUAUUUCCAGAAGUAACUCUUCAAAAAUUUUUCGCGAUGGAAUUGGUUAUAGUCCUAGCUUGCAGUCAAUGGAAUGUACCCCGAAAUCUCAUAGAAAACACGAAGACUAUAAUGUGCAGAAUAAUUUUAAUGUUCCCUCUCAUCAUAAUAAAUCUAGUGAUAAUAGAUAUCCACCUGACGGACUCUGCACACCCUUGACAAGUCGGAGAAAUUGGUCUCGGACUGGGUCUCGUAGCACAGAUAGUAGCAUGUCCAGCCCACAAAGUCCUCUAGUGCCAAAUACAGAUGUACAGGUUAUAAGAAGUGUCGAUGGUAGUUUAUUAACAUUCAAUGAUAUACAAGGUGUUCAUCACGGGAGAGGCUCCAGUGAUAGUUCACCACAUUCAAUGGAUUCUUCGGGCCGUGGUGUGGACAGUGGCUUAUUAUCUCAAGAAAGUCAUAUGUCUUUAGAUAGUCAACAAAAGAGUACUUCUGAACCACCUACUUCACCCAAUUUAAGGACAGGCCAUAGAUACUCGAAAUCGCCAUUGGAGAAGGAAGGAACAAAAUUAAGAACUUCUCAUAGCAGAGAAGGCAGUGAAAUAUCACUGGGAUCAUACUUUUUUAGUGCAUUAUGUAAUGAAUCUCAAAAAACUAGUGCAUCGCCUCAAUUAAACGAACAACCAACACCUUUGUAUAGUAACUUGGAUUAUCCAUCACUGUGGGAUCGAAAAUCAGAUAAUCAAUCUUAUUUAUUACCUCUUCAACAUUAUCUUUUGGAGCAAGCAAAACUUUCUGGUUAUAGAUUAGGAGAUUUUAUGGGAGAUGAUCUAGAUUCUCUUUCUCAAAGUGAGGAAGAAUCAGAUGGGUGUAGAGAUGAUGAAGAUGAUUUUGCUGACGACGAAGCUAUGAGUCAUCAGGAUUCAUCAUCUCAAGAGUAUCUUGAUGACACUAGGUUCCUUGAUGAGGAUGAUGAUGAUCAAAUUUAUUGUGAACCACCAUCAACCUUACAACAAAGAAACAAAGCUAGUCAGUUAUCAGCUACACAGCAUGCUUCUUUAAGAAGAAAACAUAUAAAUACAACUCCUGUUCAUUCGCCUGUACUUGAGAAAUCUCAGUCUUUCCAGCCCGAUAUGGGACAGGGAAUGGGUCAGCGCCCUCUCUCAAUGUUGACGUCUAGUAUAACAGAUUCAUCAGUAACAACAAAUCCAAUGACCGGUUCUUUACAAAGACAGACAAUUGGAAUAAUGACAAAUACAUUAUACAAAGACAAAAAGCCACCAUCGGAAAGCGACAUUGAGAAAUAUGCUGAAGACAACCUGAAUAGGCACAAAAAGGGUAUUUUCAGAAAAAAAUUCACCAUAAGAGAUAUGUUAUCUUGGUCAAAGGAUCCAAUCCGAAAACCAAUGAUAAUGACUACAGAUAAAUCUUUGAAGAGAGAUGCUUGCGAAUUAUUUAAAUUAAUACAAACAUACAUGUGUGAUCGCAAACCAAAAAGUGGACAGAGCAUGGAACAGGUUGCUUUGGAUAUUGCUACAAGGGGAUGGAGUAAACAAGCUCUUCGGGAUGAACUUUAUGUUCAAAUCUGUCGUCAAACUACAGAUAAUCCAAGAAGGGAUAGUGUGAUCUUAGGAUGGGAAUUGAUGGCUGUUUGUCUUUCUUUUUUUCCACCUUCUGUGAAAUUCCAGCCUUAUCUGGAGAGUUACAUAAAUCGUCAUAAAGAUAACACAUUAGAUACAUCCGAGCUAAAAAUCAGUCCAUAUGCUGCAGUUUGUAGUAAACGGUUAGAAAGAAUGGCAAGGACGGGAGCCAAAAAAGGAUUAAGGAAACCUACUUUAGAAGAAAUUGAUCAGUCAAGGAUCCAGAUAUUUAGGCCAUCAAUGUUUGGAAACACCUUAGAAGAAGUGAUGGCUCUACAAAAAAUAAAAUAUCACGAUAGACGAUUACCAUGGAUUCAAACAGCUUUAUCUGAAGCUGUGUUACGAUUAAAUGGUGCUCAAACUGAAGGAAUUUUCAGAGUACCUGGAGAUAUUGAUGAAGUAAAUGCAAUGAAACUUCGCAUAGAUCAAUGGGAAAUUGUAGAAAGUACUGAUCCCCAUGUGCCUGCUUCUUUGCUCAAAUUGUGGUACAGAGAGUUAUAUGAACCUUUAAUUCCAAAUCAGUUUUAUAACGAAUGUAUUGAAUAUUGUAAUGAUGGAGAAGCUGCUGUUCAAAUUGUACAGAAAUUACCAGAGAUUAAUCGCUUAGUCCUAUCCUACCUCAUUCGUUUUCUUCAGGUAAAUCAAAAUACUUUUAUAUUGUCACCUUUUAAAAGUAACUAUUAUUUUUAAUUACAUUAGUUAAGUAUUUGUCAUAUUAACUGUUAUAUUACUAAAAACAUUUUGUUUGUAAUAAAAUAUACACUAAGAUGAGGAUAAAUUUAACAUUUUAAAGUACAGUAAGACUCCACUUAAUGUGGGGGAUAUGUUCCUAGAAAAUGAAGUGUUAAACGAGGUCAUUUUAACACAGAUUAAAUAAGAAAAGGGAAACGUGACCAAAAAUAAGCAGAUUUUACUUUAAGUUAUUUUUAUAUUAAUUUGCAUAAUAAUAUAUGUUAAAUAACACACAAGCAUGUGCACACAGAAAUGUAAAGUUCAUUUUUUUUGUGACGAAGGUCCUGGCUCUUCUGAAAUUCUUGUUUUUUUGCAAUAAAGUCGUGUAGUUUCAUUUGUUGCUUUUUUUUUCUUUCCUUAAGAAAAUGUUGGUAGCAAGAGAUUGCAUCCAAAACGCCUCAUCUUGCUUUUCACUACUUUCAAAAUCUGGAUCAUUCUCUACAGUUUGAUCAACAAUUUCGGUUAUCAUAACCAAACUUUUACUAAGGAAAUCUGUAGAGAAAUUAUUUGGGUUCUUCGUUUUCAGAAUCACUAUUUUCCAAUUCCACAUGAAUUCCUUAUUCUGCCAGUUCUUGAAGGUUGUUGUUGGUAAGGCUCUCACCAGAAACCUGCAGUAAUUAACCCCUCGAUAUCCUGCUCGUCUACAUCUCCUAGUCAUGCUAUAUCGAUUAGGUUGACAAUUUGGUCAACCUAACGAUACAGCGAUAGGCUUUUCUCAUUGAAAAUUUUUGGAUAACUCCAGCCAUAACUUCCAUACUUUGUUUAUGCAUUUAUCGGUUAAUUCUUACCAAGCGAAGUCGAUAUUGCUUAUGGCAUCCAUGAUAUAUUUUUUCCAAAAUUGCACCAAACAAACAUAGAUUUAAGGAAAGUACAGCGCUACGACGAAUUGUUACCUUUAGCUGAUUGGUUAGUGUUUGGGAAUAAUUAUAUUAUAUACGAAUCAAUGAAAUGCUGCAAUAAUUUGAAUCGGCGUAAAUUUUGAGAUUUUUUUUUAGGCUUCGAGCAGACCGCAUUAUAUC